AUGUUUGAAUGGAUUCGGCCAUCAGACUACAUAAAGUUUAUGGACGCGAAUUCCAAACUUCAGCUGAUUCUUGGAGCACCUACUUUAGCACAAGCUGCACCAGCCCUGGAGCUAUUCUGGAAGCGCUACGAAGCUGUCAACCCUUCGCAUCAAGUAUUUCAGAGAGCCAGGGAAGGCCGAUUGGUUUUGAACCAAACCCUCCCUUUCUAUUUCCAUGCUGACGAAGGGAGGACUCUGAAGAAGAAGCCGGUUUUUAUCAUCCAAUGGCAGCCAUGUUGCGGUAAAGGAGUCGGCCGAAAGAACAGUGAUGCCCUGAUCCAGGCUAAGCUUGAGGAGCUUCGCCUACAACCGAAUUUCAAGGGGCACACCUUCGUGACAAGGUUUUUGGCUGGCUUGCUGUUGGGUUCGAGCUACGCUGACAAGCCUCAAGUUCUCAGCGAUCUUAUUGAGCACAUUUGUUUGGAUAUGAGGGACCUUGGGGACAAUGGUAUUCAGCUGGCUCAGGGGCAUCUUUGGUUAUGCCCGAUUGGCAACAAAGGGGAUUGGAGCUACCUAGUCCAGGUGGCAAAUCUGACGCGAAGUUAUCGAAAUGCCCCGAAACGUGCCUCCUCGAAGGCGCCCGACAAGUGCAUUUGCCAUCUGUGUAUGGCCGGGGCACCAGCUUUCCCAUAUGAAGACAUGAGUGAAAACGCCAAGUUUACCCAUACGAUGCCUGUGCUCACUAUGCCGUGGACUACGGAAGCCGCAUGGACGAGACUGCUACUGCAUGACCCAGAAAACAAACCUGCGUUUCACAAGGUGGACGUGUGGCACAAUAUGCAGUUGGGACAAGGGAAAGCAUUCUGCGCAUCGGCUAUGAUUUCUCUCCUCCCGUAUUUCGAAGGCUCGAAUGUUGACGUGAGGUUUUCGACCAUGUUCGAGGAGUUCAAGAAGUUCUGCAAGGCUAUCGGCGAACAGACCUGCCUUCAGAAGUUUUCGCCUGAUACUGUCGGUUGCGCACAGUCGAUGCUGGAUGUGCCGGAUGGUCACUGGCACAAAGGAGGAGUCACCACAAAUCUUAUGCGGUUCAUCGACUAUUGGUGCGAGGACAACGAAGACCUGGGGGCCGAUGAUGAGAAUUUCCAACUCAUUGCAGGUGCGGCAAAGGCCGUGAAUGCAGCGCUGAGUGAAAUGUAUACAGGUGAUAUGUGGCUGUCACCGAUCGAAGCGACAAGGAUUGCCAACCGAGGCUUUUAUUUCCUUCGUGCAUAUGCCAAACUGGCAUACAACUACAACCGCUCUGGCUUCACACGCUUUCCCUUGUAUCCGAAAGCUCACAUGCUCUUCCACACAUUCUAUGGACUUCUAAUGAAGAUUUUGUGGGCCGUGUGGCUCGGAUCAGUCGUCGUUGCGGUACAAGGGCCAUACAGCCAAGUGCACUACGGCGAUAUUUGA